AUGUCGAGUCAAAUAAUAUUACUGUUUGUUCUCAUUUUUAUUCAACAUUCUAGAAUUCACUGUUCCAAGCAAUUGGACAAUGUUAGAAAGGACUACUGCGAAAUUUAUUUUGGUGAAUUUGGCGAAAACAGAUCAUGCUCAAUAACUGAUAAUAUUGUAACCACUGAAGAUUAUCAAAUGAGUUUAGUUUUUUCUACUCUAAAAAUAAGUUGGACAAGCCCAGUGUUUCAUCGUUGGAAUAUUUACAAAAUAUGUAAUGAAACUGAUUACGAACUUGUUAAAAUUGCUGUGCAUGGAAUUCGAAGUGCAGUCGAUAUGAGAAUAGGCCCUGGCGUACAUUAUCUUGACCUACUUGGCAUUCGGGAAAGUGUUGGCUACGAUAUUUACCUUCCAUCCUUGCUGAUAACUGAGACGGAUGUACAUUACGCAAAUGGACCGCAAAUUCUAACUUUUAAAUAUGUAUAUGACAGUCCACUUAAUUCCAUGGUUAUAAACAAUUACAUUCGGAAGACCAUGAACGACACCAAGCAUAUCAAAAUUCAUAAUCCAAAUACUUUUGAAAAACCGACACUAACAGUGGAAGAAAAUGUUUUUCAUGGUAAAUAUAACAUAAGCGGCGUCACAUUUACUGGAUUAAAUGUAAAUGGUUUGACGGCUAAAACAUUUGAAAAUUUAACAAGCAUAAGUCGGCUUAAUUUCGAUAAUGUUGCUUUAGAAGAUCUUUCGUUUUUGAGAUCUUCUACACUUCAGGAAUCAUUAACAUAUUGCAUUAUGAAGGUUGCGGGUGUGGUGGACCUGAAAAACUUUGACAAAUUCAAGAUUCUUGAAGCCAUAGAACUAAACCGAUAUAAAUACUUUAAAAAUUUUACUGCAGUCAUAUGUGAACCAUACAAAAGUUACUGUAAGUUUACAUUUGGAAUUAAUAAGGUUGCAUGCCCCUUUCAAUGCAGUUGCACAUAUGAUCGAGACAAUUCACGUUUAGAAAUUGAUUGUAGACAGAAAGAUCUCACAUCUAUUCCAUCGCUACCGGUUCCGAAAAAAGGAUAUUCCAUUCUGGUCUUUCAGAGCAACCGGUUAGCUGAACUGCCCUACAAAUCAUUAGAAGGUUAUAAAAACAUAAAAAGCUUAGACGUGUCAUACAACCAACUAACAAGUCUAAGCGUGAGCCAACUGCCUAAAAGUCUUUACUAUCUGGACAUCAGACAUAAUAAUAUUACUACCCUAAGCCCGCAGGUUGUUGAAUAUCUACUCAAAGUUAAUACUUUCAAUCAGUUUGGCAACAAAUGGAUUAUCUACUGCGAUGAAUACUAUUUACAAGAUUUCUUUUGGAAUAAAGCAAAAUUGUUACGGAUAAUAGCAUCCAAAUUUGACGCUAUAAUGGACUAUAUGGAAGUAGGUUCAAAAGGCGCAUACUUGAGCUAUUUUUUUGCUGAACAUAUAGAUCAUUUAUACCUAGAAGCACAUGAAGAUGAUAUAAUAGGUGCCCUUAGCAGUUCGGAUAUAUACUUUGAUUUAAAGAUAAUGGAGGCUUUAAAUCACGUCAUUUGGCUGUUUUCGGGGGAGUACGAUGAAAUUAUUCUCCACCAUCUUAACGCGCCCUGUCCUUACAGAUGCUCUUGCUGUUUCGAAAGGCAGACGGGUGAAUUCUUUAUAAAUUGCCAGAAUUUAACUCUAGACUUUUAUCCAAUGCUACCGAACUCGAUGCCGAACAACACGACAUUAUAUCUUGAUGCAAACGAAAUAAGUAAACUCACUAAUCCGGAUAAUAUAAUCGUUACCGGUCAUGCCUCGAUACAGAAAUUGCACAUGUCCCAAAACCUUUUAAGGGAACUUCCACUUCACCUGCUCCCAGAAAACAUAACGUACCUAGACGUACGCAAUAAUCUAUUAAAAUAUCUGGAUGAUGGCGUGGUAGCCUUCCUUGAAUAUCGGGAGAAUAUCACCCAGAUAGAACUUUCUGGGAACCCAUGGGAAUGCAAUUGCAGGGCAAAAACCUUCCUAUCGUAUCUCAGGAAGCACGAGCCGAUGGAAUACGAAACAGUCCUGCAACGCGUUAACAUAACUCAGGAUAAGUGUCCUGUAGACUGCAUUUGCUGCGUCGACACCUCCAAUUCUGAAUCGCUCACAUUGAUGAUCGACUGCAGUGGAAAGGAGCUACGCGAAGUGCCACCAUUACCCACACCAGCAUUGGGACAAACAACUCUCAUCUUUGAAAGAAAUAAUCUCGAGAUAUGGCCAUCCAGCGUGCUACCAGGAUACUCAAGUGUGACCCGAUUCUAUUUUGCCAACAACAGACUUUCCGAUAUUGAUCAACUACCAGAGAAACUUUUACACCUGGACAUCAGUAACAAUAAUUUCUCGGCUCUGGACAAUCGAGUACGGGGAUUCCUGCAGAAAAGAAUGAAUUCAUCCCAGAUGAAACUAUCACUUUUUGGGAAUCCGUGGACUUGCAGUUGCAAAGAGAAGGACUUCCUGGUAUUCGUAAAGGCGCAAGUAAAAAAUAUUGCAAACGCUUCAGCUAUUCAAUGCAGUGGUACUGGACGAUCGUUGAUUGAGAUCGACGAGACUGAUAUAUGCCCCUCGGUCCUUAUCUACUUCACCUCCCUCGCCGUCUCUCUGCUGAUCCUUGCUUUGUCCCUUAACGUCUUUGUCUGCUUCAGGCGACCCAUAAUGAUCUGGUUCUACGAACACGAAAUAUGCCUCAGUUUGGCGGCCCGCCGGGAACUCGACGAGGACAAGAAAUACGAUGCAUUCCUUUCAUUCACCCACAAGGACGAAGAGUUUAUCGAGGAGUUCGUGGAUCGCCUGGAGAACGGCAAGCACAAGUUUAGGCUAUGUUUUUACUUGCGAGAUUGGUUGGUGGGCGAGUCCAUUCCCGAUUGCAUUAACCAAUCUGUCAAGGACUCAAGGCGCAUUAUCAUCCUGAUGACGAAGAACUUCCUCCAGUCCACCUGGGGUCGCCUCGAGUUCAGACUGGCGCUGCAUGCCACCUCGAAGGAUCGGUGCAAGCGCCUGAUCGUUGUCCUUUAUCCCGAUGUAGAAAACUUCGAUGAUCUAGACAGCGAGUUAAGGACGUACAUGGUGUUGAACACCUAUCUGGAGAGAAAUAAUCCAAACUUUUGGAACAAGCUGAUUUAUUCAAUGCCACAUGUCAACCACUUGAAGAAAAGUCGUUCUGAUGCAGAAACAAAGGUAUAA